AUGAAUGAGACCCAAGGACCUUUAGAUACGCUACCGGAGCAAAACUAUCCACCUUCAAUAACUCGGAACAAUUACUGGGGGACGAAAGAGCUGAUAAGCCAAGUCAUCAGUGAAGAUCAAGAAUACGUAAGUUGGAAGCUCAAAGAUGUACGAACGGGUGGAACCAUGAAUGCUUACUUGAAUGAGUUCAAAAAUCAGAAUUUUGCGGGACAUGGAAGGAGGAGGACGAAGGACAAUUUUGGAAAGAUCAAAAAGACACCGCAUAUCAAUUCUGUACCUAGGAACCUUCAUUUUCCUCGAGACAUACACGAUGAGCAAAUUGCCCGUUUACCACAGCCCAAAGCGCUGGAGCAAUCUGAACAGCUGAAUUUGCUUCUAACGAAUUUGGACGAAGAACAGAUGAACAGAUUUGAAGUUUUUCGAAGGACGUCUUUGGCAAAGAAUAACAUAAAGAAAAUAUCCAGCAUUGUCACCAAUCAAACCGUUGCUGCUAAUAUCAACCUUCUUCUAGCAGGUGUGGGCAAGAUAUUUGUGGGUGAAAUAGUGGAAAAAGCUCAAGAGGUCAAGAAACGAAGUUUGGUGGUACUCAUGGCGUCAGUGUUUAGACAGAAAAAACUCGCCGCACAUAAGCUUAAAAAGACCUUUAAGAAGCUAACAUUGCUAGUGGAAACGUCGGAUGCGACUCUGGAUGAUAGUGUCGAUGAAAACGAAACGGAUGAUUACGAGGACGAAAGUGAUGAGAAACUUACGAAUGAGACGAAUACGUUCAAUAGGAUCAUAAGGUCAAAAGUCAAUUCUGAAGAAAACAGAAUCACACUCAUCAAGCACUACAACCGAUUGGUGCGCUCUUUCAACAACUUAGAUGUGAGUGUUGAAAAAUAUACCAAUAGCCCAAUAUUACCGGAGCAUAUAAGGGAGGCAUGGAGGCUGUACCGAGCGGAGAAUGAUACAGUGCCACAAGCUACUUGGAGAACGCAGGGUGAGGGAAACGGAUGGAUGUUCAGGUAA